AUGAAAAUUUCUAAAACAAAAAAGAAAACUGAAAAGAUAAUUCCAUCAAGUUUAAAUGGUAUUUUAAAAUGGAUAAAAGAAUAUCGUGAUCGUUUUUCAAUUGAUAUUGAUAAAUUCGAACAAACAUCUCGUCAAUAUCUUGCUAGUAAUGAUUUUAAAUCCAAUGAACAAUCUCAAAAUAAUAAUAAUUUAAAUGAUAAUAAUGAUAAUAAUGAUGAUGAUGGUGGUUGGACAGUUGUUUCACGUUCAUUAAAAAAAACUCGUCAACGUAUGAUAUCAUCAACAGAUAAAACAUUAAAUCGUUUACGAGCAAAACAUAAACGUUCAAAUGAAAAAAAAGAAUUAGUAAAUUUUUAUAAAUUUCAAAUGACUGAUAAAAAAAUUGAUCAACUUGAACAAUUAAAAAUGAAAUUUGAAUUAGAUAAAGAACGUAUUAUACAAAUGAGACAACAACGAAAAUUUAAACCUUUUUAA